AUGGACGACCCCGAAGCCACGUCAUGUGGCUCUUCUGGUGAGUCUGGUGUGCCUGUCAGAUUGAUACAGCCAUCAGAACCAUCUUUAGAACAUCCGCUAAAGGCCCCAGUCGCUUCUCGAAACCCAUUUUUCUUAGCACAAGAUGCUUCCAGGGAACCGCAUCGGGCCGAUACGCGCUCAAUGUCGCCGCUUGAGGUUUCCGGAGAUGUUUUGAGUGAAAUUUCCGCAGAUCAUUCGCAAAUAGUUGAGGAUGAAGAACCAGAGCAAGACCAUCAGAACGAUUUGAUCACCGCAUCUUCGAAGAACCCGAGCAUAGUGAUGGAGUUAGACAUGGACUGCAACGUGAGGUAUCUCUCCCGCAAUUGGGAGUAUGUUGUGGGAACAAAUCGCCACAAAAUUGUGGGAACCCCCGCCGGUUCUGUGGUUCUAGGAGAUGAUCUUGACGCAAAAGUCUUCAACCGGGCGGUGGAUUCGAUGAUGAUUGACGAUUCCAGUUAUCGUGUGCGAUUCCAGACUUUAACCAACACAUUGAAACCCAUUGUUUCGAACAGUACGGACGAAUUUGAUGCUAGUAGCGCUGAAUCAGAACUGUCCAACGACGGAGGUUCCAUCGAACUGGAAGGUCAGGGUAUCUUGAUUCACGACACCGCCACGAACCUUCCAACGCAUUCCAUGUGGAUUCUAAAACCUUUUGUACCAAUAAAGGAACUUGUUUUGGAGCUUCCACACGAGUUGGUGCAAAAUCUAGGCUUUGGAGUGAAUAUACUAGAGUCCUACUUGCUGCAGCUGAUGGAGGAGGGUAUCAUUGACCCAGAUGCUGUUCCGAGUCCCACAACGGAGCUCUGCCGCAUCUGUGAGCAGCUUGUGCCGUCUUGGUGGCUCGAAAAGCACUCAGAACUAUGUGUUCUCGAACAUAGGGCAGAGGAAAUGGUCCAAUUGAAACACGAUCAGCUUCAAGACCACCGCAAGCUGGUGGUACAAAUCAUGGAAGCCGUGGCAACAAAAAGCCCCACUUUGACGGAAUAUCGCGGUUAUCCUCUUCCAACUUUGCCGGAGGCCAAUUCAGCACAGAUACGACGAAUACACGUGUUCAACAAGCGGUUUCCAUUCAAGAACUUCGACAAGUUGCUGGAGUACUGUGAUGAUGCCUUGGGCGUGAAUCCAGGUGAGCUCGUAGAGCUCGAAGGUACUAAUCAAAUUGCGUAUUCUCCGCAAACAAAUGAAUCAAUAAAGCGUUUCAUGGAAAUGAAAUUACCUGAGUCAAAUGACAUGGCUGUCAAGCUGUUGACAGAAGAUGCCGAACGACUUGCCCAAGACAAACUGGAUGCCAUCUACAGAUUUGGGUCAGUUCUUCAGUAUUCUGACAAGAUCAAUAAGGAAACUAAUGAGAUGGUUUUGAAGACUGUUGAAAGCACAGUUCGCAAAAUUCGUGAUCGCACAAAUGACUACUCUGCUAUCACAGACGAUGAGUAUUCGCGGGCCUCUACACCCACUCCAGAAGUACAUUUGAGGCUCCAUUCGCCUCAGCCGACUCGACAAGGUCUUUUCGAGACUCCAGACUUUCGUAAGGCCAGUCGAUCUGGCUCUGUCACGCCAAAAAACGACUCUGGGUCUCGUCUGAAGACUCCCACUAUUGUAGAAGGUGAGGAGCCCAUAUCCAGAGGUCGUGGUUCAAGGAGUUCAGGUGGGGGUACUGGUGUGCACCAGCCUUCACCCAGACGCCAGCUUUCCCCCAAUUACUUUCAACAAAGUCCGAUGACGUCUAUUCAAAGGAACACCAAGGCCAGAAGCAUCUCCGGCUCAAAUACCCCAAUCGCAUCUCCGUUACUUCUGAGCUCGGACUGUCAUCAUACACCUUCAGAUUACACGCAUCUGUCUCUUCUAUCUGCAGGGCACGGUUCCGGGUCGAUUUCAUCUUCGAAAACCGCGCCAUUAUCGCCAUUGCUGGUAUCUACUUCAAAACCUAGUUUUCCAUCACAGCGUGAUUACGAGGUGAUAAAGCCCAUCAGCAAAGGCGCCUUUGGCUCCGUUUUCCUGGUGCGUCGCAAGAUAACGGGUGAGUAUUUUGCGAUGAAAGUGCUCAAGAAGUCAGAUAUGAUAGCCAAGAAUCAGGUUACCAAUGUCCGAGCCGAGCGAGAAAUCAUGAUGUCGCAGGCGGAGUCUCCGUAUGUAGCAAAACUUUACUCAUCUUUCCAGACGCGUGAUUAUCUUUAUCUGGUGAUGGAGUAUCUCAAUGGUGGGGAUUGUGCUACUUUAGUGAAAAACAUGGGAUCCUUGCCUGAAAUGUGGGCCAAGCGCUACAUUGCAGAAGUUAUAGUCGGAAUUGACGAUCUCCACCAAAAAGGCAUUGUUCAUCGUGAUUUGAAGCCCGAUAACUUGCUGAUUGAUUCAAACGGACAUCUUAAACUCACUGAUUUUGGGCUUUCGCGGAUGGGUUUGGUUGGUCGUCAAGCCCGCAAAUCUGUGAGUGUGCACAGCGAUCCUGCUAUUCUGGAUCCAUUCCUGCACAGAAGAAGCUCCAGCAAUGUGACACCAUUCUCAUUGUCUCCGACUUUUGACAGCGUCCAUCCUCGACUCGAAGAUUCACUUGGGCACUCGCCAGAACCGUCAUUUAGGCGUUCAAACUCAAACGCAAGCUCUAACGGUUCCCCGUUACUUAGACCGUUAGUUGACGAAUCUGCCGAUGGCUACGCCCUUUUUGACCCGCGAAUCUCAACCCAGAGCCGCAAAUUUGUUGGAACUCCAGACUAUCUUGCUCCAGAAACCGUCCAGGGUGUUUCUCAGGAUGAAGUCUCUGAUUGGUGGUCCAUCGGAUGUAUAAUGUUUGAAUUUCUGUUCGGGUAUCCGCCAUUUUCGGGGCAUACGCCAGAAAUGGUAUUCGAAAACAUCCUGCAUGGACCGAUCCAAUGGCCGAGCUUGCCAGAACUUGAGUUCCGGGAAUACUGCUCUGAUCUGGCACGCGACUUGAUUACAAGGUUGUUAGAGAAGGACCCAUCAAAACGGUUGGGAGCAUCUGGUUCUGCUGAAAUCAUGGAUCAUGCCUAUUUUCACGGGCUUGACUGGUCCACCCUAUUCAUAGAAGAGGCCUCCUUUGUGCCCAACCAGGAAGAUCCUGAGUCUACCAACUACUUUGAUCCUCGUGGUGCCGAUAUGAAGAUUUUCGCCCAGGAAGAAGAUGAAACCAUCACUGCUGAGGAUUAUGCCGGCGAGGCUGAUGACGAGCAUGAAGAGCGCAAGCGAAGCUCUGGCUCAAACUCGAACUCUGGUUCGGCUGAACGUAUGAGGUCUGGAAGUGUAGUUGCUCGGUCUAAUUCGAGUUCUUCUGCAACAGCAGGUUCUACGCCGAAGACCUCGGCUGUUCAAAAGGAACGUCGCGGUUCAAGGUUGAACGAUUCCAACUCCGAAUUUGGCUCUUUCAACUACAAAAACGUUUCUGCACUCGAACGGGCCAACAAAGAUGUCAUCACGAGGUUGCGUACUGAACAUCUAGAGCAUCGUAGCUCGUUCUCUAGUGUUUCGUCUUCUGAUUCGACGCCUGGUUCAGGGGGCAGUCAAUUCUUUCGACAAAGAACCGCCAGUUCCAGCGCCAGCGCCAAAUUCCUGGCAACUUCGCCCUCGGUACGUUUCCACGCUGUUGAAGACGAUUCUGGGCGCUCUUCGCCUCUCGCUCUGACCCGGGCUGAUUACGGAUCUCCUAUAGCAAAGCCGAAGUCCAAACAGUCUGACGGCCAUCUUGGCAAGUUCUUCAGCCGAGGGUUGAAUCGGACCCUAAGCGAUUUCUCCCCUUCUGGGUCUGAUACGGAAGAUUCGCGAAGUUCUGCCCUGAUGAGGGUAAACCUGCGGCGCAAUUCGCGCAAAGUGCGGACUUCGUCUUCCACAAGUACGGAUUUUGACUCUAUGCUGAUUGCGAUGGAUGUGCUGAUUUGCGAGCCAAUUCCGAUCGUCAGAUACUCUAUCGAAGAAAAUCUCAGACGGCUCGGUUGCGAGGUUGUUCCAACUUCGAAUCCAGACGAUAUGAUUAGGUCUGCAACUGGAGGUGUGAAAUUCGACGUGAUUUUCACUGCUCUGAAGCUGCCACGGCUCGACUGUGUUGAUGUAGUGAAGCUGAUCAAGCACACCUCUAGCAUCAACUCGAACACGCCAAUUGUGGCGAUAACAGCAUUUUCGUCGGAGGCUUCUGGAGCGGGGGUGUUCGAUGAUGUUAUUGAGAAGCCAGCGACACUUGCAGUUUUGAAGAGGUGCCUGUUGAAGUUGAGGCAGAAGAAGGAGUUGGACAAUCAAGAGGCAAUAUCUGACACAGAGGGCGAAAUUGAGUCUGAAAGCCGAGGCGAGGCAGAGAAGCCUUUGGCAGAGAAGCCUUAG